AUGCCCGAAAAACUUUACAUUUCGUACAAUAUCGUCCACAAGCUAUGCAAGAAAGCGGCCGAAGACAUUAAGCAAAAGGGCACUCGUGUGGAUCUUAUUAUUGCCAUCGGCGGAGGUGGUUUUAUUCCCGCUAGAAUUCUUCGCUCGUUCCUCAAGGAUGGGAAAGGCAAUAUCCCCAUCCAGGCCAUUGGAUUAUCGCUCUACGAAGAUAUGGGCAACACUGGAGAAGACAAGAUCGGCAAAGAGGUGAUCAGGACGCAAUGGCUCGAUUUGGGUAACUUGAGCAACCAUUUGGACACACUCAUUGGCAAAAACGUCAUUAUUGUAGAUGAAGUGGACGACACUAGAACCACUCUCCACUAUGCGGUGACGGAGCUUCAAAAUGACGUUGCUAAGCUUGAAAAAGAGUUGGGACUGGAAACGCCCACCAAGUUCCUGGUGUUUGUGCUCCACAACAAGAAUAAGCCGAAAAAGGCUGAUCUUCCCUCCAACAUCAUGGACACUGGCAGAUACAUUGUGGGCCAAGAAGUGGAAGAUGCGUGGAUCGCGUAUCCUUGGGAUGCAGCUGACAUUGACGAGCACACCGAGUUGGCCAAAAAGCAAGGAAACUACUAG